AUGCCAAAUCUCAGCGAAAGCUGGCACGAUCAGAAAUUGGCGAAAAACAAUGUCAUUUUGAUUGUAAAGUUAAACUCACCUUAUCAUUACAUGGAAGACCCCCCUCCUAAAAAAUCACCUGAUAAAUGUCUUUAUCCUAACUGUGCUGCUUCCUUUGCGAUAACAUAUUUGGUGUCUGGUCUUGGUAUUCUUAUAUCGAUCUUUAUACUGGGAGAUCUUAUAUUCGCUUGUCUUAGAAACAAACGCAAUAAGCGUCUUCUUAGAGAAACCAUGGAAAAAGGCACUCAACCUGAUGUGGAAGUUUCAGGGAACGAGCUUGUUCUUCGGCCUGAAACUAUAAAACGCCUUAAGAAUAUUCUUCAACCUUACGAAGGACAACCGUUUUAUCAUUUGGUUUGUGGUGAACAUGGAACCGGGAAAACUACAUUGAUCAGAAUUUCAUCGAGAGAAGUUGGACAUGGCGUCAUAUAUGUUGAUGUUCCUGCAAGUUUAGAUCUAACCAAGUUUGGUGACGCAUUUGGAAAGUCCCUUAACUUCAUAUUUGAAGAACAUAUCUCUUACACAAAACAACUGAUUCGGAAAAUGUUUGGUAAAACUGAAGGCACAUUAAGUAAAUGGGAGAGAGCUUUGGAUGCUUUUAAGCGUGAAGCUGAAUUGUACAAAGCAAAGAAUGGAAAGCCGCCAGUUAUCGUUUACGAUAAUGUUGGCCGAUUAGUUGCAGACCAUCCAAGAAUCCUUGAUGUUCUUCAGGACGACGCAAAAGAUAGUGCCGAUAACAGAAAAUACUUCGCCGUGUCAACAGUGAAGGAAGUGUCCUGA